CCUUUAGUUUCCGACGUAGCAGUCUCACUGAUGGAAUUGCGAAACAGUUUAUGAGCAACUCUUGCAUCUAAGAAGGACCCUCUCCUACCUCUUUCUCUCCUCAUUCAUUCAUUCAUUCACCACAUACAUACACAUCAAUAACGUUCUCAAACAUGUCUAUUCUCAAACUUGUUUUCGUUACCAUCACUGUUUCAUUGGCCAUUAUUGCUGCCAGCGCCCAUGACCAGGGUGAAGACGCGAGUAUGGCUUCUACGAGCAUCGAUGAUGCAGAGACAAAAGUUGCCGACAAAAACAGGAAGAAGCCUGUCACUUAUGAUGGCAGGUCACUCAUCAUCGAUGGACAACGAGAGCUUCUCUUCUCCGGUUCCAUCCAUUACCCGAGAAGCACCCCCGAGAUGUGGUCAGAGAUUCUUGAAAGAGCAAAGCGUGGAGGUAUAAACGUGGUCCAAACUUACGUGUUUUGGAACGUUCAUGAGCCUGUGAAGGGCAAGUUCGUAAUGGAACCGGAGUAUGAUUACGUAAAGUUCAUAAAGCUCAUUCAUGAGAAAGACAUGUAUGUAACCCUCAGGGUUGGCCCUUUCAUCCAAGCUGAAUGGAAUCACGGUGGACUUCCAUAUUGGCUAAGAGAGAUCCCAGAAAUCAUAUUCCGCUCUAACAAUGAACCCUUUAAGCUGCACAUGAAAGAUUACGUAUCAAAUGUUACAAACACGUUGAAAAAGGAGAAUCUCUUUGCUCCCCAAGGAGGUCCCAUCAUCUUGGCGCAGAUUGAGAAUGAGUACAACCAUAUCCAACGUGCUUUUAGAGAGGAAGGAAGCAAUUAUGUCCAAUGGGCUGCAAAAAUGGCAGUGUCACUGGAUGUUGGAGUUCCAUGGAUCAUGUGCAAGCAAACAGAUGCUCCUGAUCCAGUGAUUAAUGCAUGCAAUGGAAGGCACUGUGGUGAUACCUUCGCAGGCCCCAACAAAGCUUACAAGCCUGCCCUAUGGACUGAAAACUGGACUGCUCAGUAUAGAGUGUUUGGAGAUCCACCAUCCCAAAGAUCAGCAGAAGACAUUGCCUUCUCAGUUGCCCGGUUCUUCUCUAAGAAUGGGUCUUUGGUGAACUACUAUAUGUACCACGGUGGAACAAAUUUUGGUAGAACAAGCUCUGCCUUCACCACAACCCGGUAUUAUGAUGAAGCCCCUCUCGAUGAGUACGGUCUGCAGAGAGAACCAAAAUGGAGUCACCUGAGGGAUGUGCACAAGGCAUUGAACCUAUGCAAGAAACCCCUCUUCAAUGGUGCGUAUUCUGUCACAAAACUGAACCAACAUCAUGAGAUUAUAGUUUAUGAGAAGGCAGACAGUCAUUUAUGUGCUGCUUUCAUCACUAACAACCACACCAAAACACCAACAACCAUAAACUUCAGAGGUACGGAUUAUUACCUGCCACCACGUUCCAUCAGCAUCCUCCCUGACUGCAAGACUGUGGUCUUCAACACUCAAAAUAUUGCUUCACAACAUAAUUCAAGGAACUUCAAGACGCCAAAGGAAUCAAAUAAUUUUAAGUGGGAGGUGUUUUCUGAGUCCAUUCCAACCACCAAGAAUAUUCCAGUCAACGAAAAGAUUCCUGCAGAGCUUUAUAACUUGCUUAAAGACGCCAGCGACUAUGCAUGGUAUACCACCAGCGUUGAAUUGGGUCCAGAAGACUUGCCAAAGAAGACUGAUCUAUCCCCCGUUCUUCGUAUUCUGAGUCUUGGCCAUUCAUUACUUGCCUAUGUAAAUGGAGAAUUCGUUGGAUCUAAUCAUGGUAGCCACGAAGAAAAAUCUUUUGAAUUCCAGAAACCUGUAAAAUUCAAGGUUGGAGUUAACGACAUAGCUAUCUUGGCUUGCACUGUGGGACUCCCCGACAGUGGAGCAUACAUGGAGCACAGGUUCGCCGGACCCAAGUCUAUAACCAUCCUUGGUCUGAAUUCUGGAAAAAUUGAUCUGACUAAUAAUGGUUGGGGUCAUAAGGUUGGUAUCCAAGGUGAGGAGCUUGCCGUUUUCAGUGAAAAGGGAUCAAAGAAGGUAGAGUGGAAAGAGGCCAAGGGACCUGGAAAGACUGUCUCCUGGUACAAGACAAAUUUUGCAACCCCAGAGGGAACUGAUCCUGUUGCCAUCGAGAUGAGCGGCAUGGGGAAGGGAAUGAUUUGGGUGAAUGGUAAAAGCAUUGGUCGUCACUGGAUGAGCUACCUCUCUCCUCUUGGAAAGCCUACUCAGUCAGAGUAUCACAUUCCAAGAACUUACCUCAAUCCAAAAGACAACUUGCUUGUUAUAUUUGAGGAAGAGGUGGCAGAUCCAGGAAAGAUUACCAUCCAAACUGUUGACAGAAAUACAGUAUGCAGUAUCAUCACAGAGAAUCACCCCGCCAAUGUCAAGUCAUGGGCAACUAAGAAAGGGAAAUUCCAACCUGUUUCGGAUAAUUUGAUGCCAACAGCUGAACUCAGAUGUCCACACUUAAGAACCAUUAAGACUGUGGAGUUUAUAAGCUUUGGUGAUCCUGCGGGUUUCUGUGGAGCCUUUGAAAUGGGAAAAUGUGACGCACCUGGUGCCAGGCAAAUCGUCGAAAAGACUUGCCUAGGACAACCAUCAUGCACAGUUCCAUUGGACAAGGCAGCCUUCAUUCAGGGCAAAGAUCCUUGCUCCAAUAUCAUGAAGACACUUGCAAUCCAAGUGAAGUGUGAGUGAGUGAGUGAGUGAGCGAGUGAGUGACUCCUACAUUAUGUAAAACAUGAUACCUGAAAUUGG